AUGCCUGUGUCUGUGUGCCUCCCGAUGCCAACCGCCCCGGCCGACUCCACCCUCGUCUCAAAGUGCGCUGCCUUCGACGCCUUUUCCGCCGGCAAGCGGCCGGCAGGCGGCAACGUCGUCCGCGGCGUCCGCUGGUCGCCCGAUGGCUCGUGCCUGCUCACCGCGAGCGAGGACUGCGCGCUGCGCGUCUUCCACCUUCCGAGCGAGGUGGCGCACGAUGCGUACGCCACCACCUGCGCCGCGGAGCUGAGGCCGGCGCUGCGGAUCGACGAGGGCGAGUCCGUGUACGACUACGCGUGGUACCCGCUAAUGUCUGCCCACGACCCGAUGACGUGCUGCCUGCUCAGCACAAGCCGCGGCCGGCCGGUGCACCUGUGGGACGCCGUCAGCGGGACGCUGCGCGCCUCGUACGUCGGCUUCAACCAUCUCGACGAGGUGGACGCCGCCAACUCGGUCGUCUUCGAGCCGUCGGGCCGCUUCAUCUACGCGGGGUACGAGCGCGCCGUGCGAGUCUUCGACGUGACGCGGCCAGGCAGGGCUAUCGAGACGCGGCCGACAGCGGCGACGCGCAAGUCGAGGGACGGCCAGCGGGGCCUCCUGUCGUGCCUCGCCUUCUGCCCCGACGGGUCGGGCCUGUACGCGGCGGGCUCGUUUGCGGGCGCGCGGCGCGACGGGCGGAUCAUCGCUUGGGACGUGCGCAACACGUGCCAGCCGGUGGCCGAGUACGUGCGGUCCUCCCCCACCAACCAGCGCAUCGGCUUCGACCUAUCGCGUGACGGGUCACACCUGUUUACCGGCUCGCGCGACGGGUGUGUGCUCGCCUACCCGCUGCACGGUCCGCCCUCCGAGCCCACCACGCUCCUCUCGUACGCCGACGCGGUGAGCGGCGUCUCGCUCCACCCGUCGCUGCCUCUCCUCGCCGUGUCGGGGAUUGAAGUCUGGAAGUUCCCCCAGGCGGCGGCGAGCGGAGCCUCCCUCGCGGCGGCGCAGCAAGCGGCGGUGGAGGGCGCGUAG